AUCCCUUACCAUGUGACCAAAUCUCAAUACUCGUCACACAAAGCCCUAACCCUAAAACAUAAACCCUAGCAUACAUAUUACAUCGAUACGUUCCAUCAAUCUUUUUAACUGUCUCAAUUUCUUUGGUCCUGUGAGUUCGCCUGCAUUAACCCACCUAUUCGCACCUGUUUUCUGGGAAGGAGUAGCCAUGGCGGACGGAGGAGAUGUUGAAGCUCAACCUGCUGCUCCAGCAUUGGGAGAACCCAUGGAUAUCUUAACUGCUUUGCAGCUUGUGUUAAAAAAAUCAUUGGCUCAUGAUGGUCUUGCUCGUGGUCUUCAUGAGGGUGCUAAAGCAAUUGAGAAGCAUGCUGCUCAGCUUUGUGUGCUUGCAGAAGAUUGCAACCAGCCAGAUUUUACAAAAUUAGUUCAAGCCCUGUGUGCUGAACACAAUGUAAAUUUGAUUUCUGUGCCAAGUGCAAAAAAGUUGGGUGAAUGGGCAGGGCUUUGCAAAAUUGACUCAGAGGGCAAAGCUCGGAAGGUUGUUGGAUGUUCUUGUGUUGUUGUUAAGGAUUAUGGUGAAGAGACCGAAGGCUUGAAUGUUAUUCAAGAAUAUGUAAAACGACAUUAAGCUGUGAGGUUACGAUUCAGUUGCUUCAUCUCAACUAAAUGAUUUUGGAGUUUUGCUUGCCUCUUAUUUGGCUGAUAUAUGCGGAUUCAAUUGUAGGGAUCUGGGAUGGACAUCUUAACUUUAUUUCUAUCCCUGUCCUUUUUAAAAUGUUUAGAUUUGUUUUAAAGCAUGAGUUAAUGGUGAAAUUCGGAUUUAAUCAAAUGUAGUAUCAGGUAAAAAAAUUGUAAGCUAGAUCCUUUUCCUUGAUAUUGUUGAACAGCCAAUGAAUUGUGGUUUUACAAUUCAAAUGGUAUUCUGUGCCUAUCAGGUUUCAGACUUUGGCACAAAUGGAAUUCAAAUGCUGAAAUGUUAUUUUAUUUACAAUUAAGAAAAAACUGCUGUUGGCUAUCAA